GCGCAGGCGCAGACGACGGUGGGGCGCGCGGGCGGCGGCGGUUGGAGGCCCGGCGGUUUGCGUGAGCGGGACGGAGCAGAGGCCGAGCGAGCCGGCGCCAUGGUGGAGAAGGAAGAGACGGGCGGCGGAAUCAGCGAGGAAGAGGCGGCGCAGUAUGACCGGCAGAUCCGCCUCUGGGGCUUGGAGGCCCAGAAACGGCUGCGAGCCUCCCGGGUGCUGCUGGUGGGCUUGAAAGGACUUGGGGCUGAAAUCGCCAAGAACCUCAUCCUGGCUGGAGUGAAAGGGCUGACCCUGCUGGACCCUGAGCAGGUAUCUCCGGAAGACCCUGGAGCUCAGUUCCUGAUCCGUACUGGGUCUGUUGGCCGGAACCGAGCAGAAGCCUCUUUGGAGCGAGCUCAGAAUCUUAACCCCAUGGUGGAUGUGAAGGCGGACACCGAGAACAUAGAAAAGAAACCUGAGUCUUUCUUCACUCAAUUUGAUGCUGUAUGUCUGACUUGCUGCUCCAGGGAUGUCAUAGUUAAAGUUGACCAGAUCUGCCAUAAAAAUAGCAUCAAGUUCUUCACAGGAGAUGUUUUUGGCUACCAUGGAUACACAUUUGCCAAUCUUGGAGAGCAUGAAUUUGUAGAGGAGAAAACCAAAGUUGCCAAAGCUAGCCAAGGGGAGGAAGAUGGACCUGACACCAAGAGAGCCAAACUCGACUCGUCAGAGACGACCAUGGUCAAAAAGAAAGUGGUCUUCUGCUCCAUGAAGGAAGCGUUGGAGGUGGACUGGAGCAGUGAGAGAGCCAAGGCGGCUCUGAAGCGCACCGCAUCUGACUACUUCCUCCUUCAAGUGCUGCUGAAGUUCCGCACAGACAAAGGCAGAGACCCGGCCUCCGAUAGCUUCGGGGAAGACUCGGAGCUUUUGCUCCAGAUCCGCAAUGAUGUCCUGGACUCUCUGGGGGUCAGUCCUGACCUGCUUCCCGACGACUUUGUCAGGUACUGCUUCUCGGAGAUGGUCCCCGUGUGCGCUGUGGUCGGCGGCAUCUUAGCCCAGGAGAUCGUGAAGGCUCUGUCCCAGCGGGACCCUCCUCACAACAACUUCUUCUUUUUCGACGGCAUGAAGGGGAACGGGAUUGUGGAGUGCCUUGGCCCCCAGUGAGCUGGCCUUGGCACCUGGAGGAGUGUGUGCAGCGUGCCCUGUCCUGUGCGGGGGGGAGCUCCCCCCCCCCCCCCGUGUGCCCCCGUCCCCCCCCAUGUGCGGAGGCCUUUCCAGGCCAGCAGACAGUGACGCCACAGUUGCCACUUGCCCUCCAUUAGGGUGAGGGCUGGAGGCCAGCCCCAGCUCUGCCCACUGCUUUGAGUGCCCGCCUGUCCCCUAGAAUUGCCUGAGAGCCUCUCCAUCCUGGUAUCUUCCCGGAUCACCCACCCCCCAGGGCCUCAUUGCUACAGAGGCCUGGCCAUGUUCCUCGCUGUGCUCGCCUUCUCUCAGGGAGCAGGCUUCCGGCAGGGCGUGCGCCUGGCCCCGGAAACGCCCGUGGCUCCCCCGUUUUGCGCGGGACAGGCACCCUGAGAGAGGAAAGCCGAUGGAAUGUAUUUCCUCCGAAGCCGGAGAUUCUGAAAAACAACAGGUGGCCUCUGGUGCGGGCGCUCGAGUUUAGUUUAGGAUUAGUUGAGUUCCAGCCGGGCUGUGGAAGAGCAGAGACCUUCUGAGGGCCCGUGGGCAGGAGGGCAAGAUGCUGCAACUGAAUAUGAGUGGGAAAACCGGUUUCCAACCGCAGGCUGCCCGGCUGCCCCAGGGGACUUGAUGCUCAAGCAGGGCUGGCUCUCCAACCCUGGGGGGGUGCUGUUGGGUCGUCCCGUCCCCCCCGUAUCGCAGCUGUCUCUGUUUUCUAGUGUUUCUACAUUUCUUUGUUUUUUUUUUUCAAAUAGAAAAUUGAAAUAAAGUUUUUUGCUUUAGAA